GGCCGCGGCGGCCGGAGACUCCCUGCUCCGCGCUCCACCCCUCCGCUCCGAAGCCCGGAUAAGGGCAGGCGCCGGCGACACUCAUUUCCUCGGCAUCCGGCUCAGCCGCUGCCACGCGGAUAGGCGAGCUCGCCGGGACCGGGGGAGCGCCCCGGCGCACCGCAGCGCAGAGGGCCGACCACCGGGCACAGGGCUCGGGCUCGCCGCGCCACGGCCAUCAUGAGGGUGAACACGCGGGCCCUGACCUCCCGGGUGGGCAUCACCCGGGUCUUUGCCAUCAUACUAUCCUGCAUCGCCUUCAGCUUGGUGGCCUCCACCGAGGACUACGGUGGUGCCUAUGGGACGUGGUGCAUGUUCACCUGGUGCUUCUGCUUCGCCGUGACCGUGCUGAUCGUCCUGCUGGAGCUGCUGGAGCUGUACCCCAAGCUGCCCCUCUCCUGGGACGACUUCACCUCGGCCUUCUCCAUGCUCGCCGCGCUGAUGAUCUUCACCACCUCUGUGGUGUUCCCCUCCACCUUCAUCACCAGCCCCUGCCGCUCUGAAAAGUGCAUACGCCAGGCCGUGGCCACCGCCAUAUCCUGCCUCUGCUUCCUCGCCUACGCCCUGGAGGUGGGGCUUACGCGCGCUAAGCCAGGAGACAUCAGCAGCUUCCUCUCCACUGUGCCGGGGCUCCUUAAAGUGUUUGAAGCCUACGUGGCCUGCCUCAUCUUCUCCUUGCUGGAUAAUGUCAGCUCCAAAGCUGGCCUGCAGUGGUGUGUGGCCGUCUACGCCAUCUGCUUCGUCAUCACCCUCCUCAUCAUCAUCAUGACCAUCGGCCGGUGCCUUGCUUACAUGCCUUUCCCCCUGGAGAAGAUGCUGGUGGGCUACAACGCCCUGGCCUUGGUGAUGUACCUCACGGCCACCAUCCUCUGGCCCCUGUACAGCUUCAACAACACGAGGCGGCCCGACCCCUGCGGCACGAACUGCUGGUGGAACAAGCACCUGGGGGUGACCUUCCUCACCAUCUUCAACCUCCUCGCCUACCUUGUAGACCUGGUGUACUCCACCAAGAUGGUCUUUGUGGCGGUGCCUACCUAAGGGCUGGGGAGCUCCCGCCGCUGCGCCCCGGGCUCGGGGCGCGCGGGGAUCCGGCCACAGGCGCCGGCGGGCGCCAGGGCGCGGGGAGGGCGGCGGGGUGCACGACCCGCCGGGGCACCGCGUCCCGGCCGGGCGGGCGCUUGCGCGGGAGCCGAGGAAGAGGCCGCCGUGGGCUGCCCGCUCCCCGAGGGCGGCCGGGCGCCUCGGAAAGCUCCUUCCUCCGUGCGAGGAGCACCCUGGGGCAAAGCGAGGGGGGGUGCACACGC